AUGUCGUCUGAUGUAACAGAGGCACUGGAGGAGCCUGAAGAUCUCUCCUAUGAGGAGUUGGAGGAGGAUGACAGUGUGAGGUGAGGAGGAGAAGGAAGUAUUGGCAGAGGCGGGAGAUCUUGUCCUUGUGGUUGGAUGCAGUAUUACUGCAUGAAUGUGGUUCUAGCUUCAGGUAGGUAGCCGCUUUGGUCUGACGCAGUUGAAAUAAAUAAAUAAAUUUUAAAAUUGUCCAGUAGCACCUUAGAGAUCAACUAAGUUUGUUCUGGGUAUAAGCUUUCAUGUGCAUGCACACAAAAGCUUAUACCCAGAACAAACUUAGUUGGUCUCUAAGGUGCUACUGGACAAAUUUCUUUCUUUAUUUCGACUACAUGAAUGUGAGUAGGCCUGGAGCAAGAAAAUGAAGUGAAAAUGCCCCCAAAGGAGACUUAUUUGGUUCACCGUAACAAAAUUUAUAGGCGGCUUAAUAAAAUAAAAUCUGUUAAGUGAUCUACAUAAAAUAGUGGUUAUCAACUGAAAAAAAAGCAACACACUUUAACAACAAGUAGACAAUACAGUGAUCAAAAAUACCGCUUCGACACAAUUAACUUUCUGCAUAUUGAUGUUCCUGCUGCUGCCUCAGAUGUGGGAACUUGAAGAAGGAACGCUGGUGUUUCAGCCUCGGGUGUUUGUCAUGCUGGGGGAAACCCCUUCCCUGCUAAGCCAGGUGCCGAAUGAAGGGAAGUUUGUUUGGUAAUGAAACCCACUCCUCCCUGAGAGAUUCUUAGUUGGGGGUCUUCAGAGUCCUCAGCUUGCCAUAUCCAGAGAAUGCUUUCAGAGUUCAGUAUCUGUGCUGCCAAGAAGCCCUUCUGGGAAAAUGGCACCUAGCUCAGCUCUCUCUGAAGGUGUUAUGGAGCUCAUUGACGGAACCAAAUGGAAGCAGGUGGGCUGGGGGGAGUCUCCCAGAUUAGAGGACUCAUCCAGGUAAGGCCAAUAACUCUGGCCAAGGUGGGGAACAGCAAGGGCACCUGUAGGCAGCAGGAGGCGCCCUGGGCUGUUUUCCAGGCAUGUACAAGGCUCUCGGAGGACAGGUUGGUGAGGCUUGGGGUGCUGACAGCACAUUGCAUGGAGUGGGGCAGUGUAAUGCCUUCUCUUGCCCUGGAGUGCAGAAAGGCACAGCAGUGUUUGUGGUGGUUUCAUGGGGCCUGAGAGUUCUGGGCUGGUUGUUUUUGGGUGCCGGGAGGCUGAAUCAAACACGUGCCAGCUGCUUCCGAUCUCGGGCUGCGCAUGUAAGACCUCUUCCCCUUAGGCACUUCUGUCUCUCCACAGCGCCACAGACUUGUCUGAGCUGCUCAAGGAAGGGACCAAGGAAUCACAUGAUCGGGCUGAAAACACUCAGUUUGUCAAGGAUUUCCUGAAAGGGCGCAUCAAGAGGGAGCUCUUCAAGGUGCGUCUUGCAGUGUCCUGGCUAUGAUCCCUCUUUAGAACAGGUGUUGGCAACCUUUAGCCUUCCAGGUGUUGCUGAACUGCACCUCCCAUCAGCCCUGGGCAUUGACCAUGCUUGCAGGGGCUGAUGGGAGUUGUAGUUGAGCAUCAGCUGGCGGGGGGGAGCGGCAGCAGAGGUUGCCCCACCCCGUUUUAGCAGAUGGGGGAUGCGAUUCAUAUGUGCUGUGUGGCCUGUAGGGAGCUCUCUCCCCCAGCAAAGAACUUAGCCCAGCUGCAGGGCGCAGAUGCUUCUGGCUCUGUUGAAUAGUCCCCCUGUGACUGGUCAGAAGUGGGCUUAGUGGCGGCUGCUCAGCCUUCCCUGUUCACUAGUCAGGGGAUGGAGAUCUUACUUAUAUUUUAUUUCAUAACACUUAUACACCACUUUAUUAUUUAAAAAAAAACCUUCAGUGUUUAUAAAAGAUACCGUAUUGGCCUGAAUAUAAGCCGCUGCACCACCACCACCACCACCAACAAUUAUUUUAUUAUUUAUACCCCUCCCAUCUGGCAUGGUUUCCCCAGCCACUCUGGGCGGCUUUCAACAGAACAUUAGACAUUAAAAAACUUCCCUAAACAGGGCUGCCUUCAGAUGUCUUCUAAAAGUCGGAUAGUUGUUUCUUUCCUUGACAUCUGAUGGGACAGAGUUCCACAUGGCAGGCACCACUACCAGGAAGGCGCUCUGCCUGGUUUCCUGUAACCUCACUUCUCACAGUGAGGGAACUGCCAGAAGGCCCUCCGAGCUGGACCUCAGUGUCCGGGGGGUGGAGACGCUCCUUCAGGUAUACUGGUCGGAGGCCAUGUAGUGCUUUCAAGGUCAGCACCAACACUUUGAAUUGUGCUUGGAAACGUACUGGGAGCCAGUGUAGGUCUUUCAGGACCGGUGUUACAUGGUCUUGACAGCCACUCCCAGUCACCAGUCUAGCUGCCGCAUUCUGGAUUAAUUGUAGUUCCUGAGUCACCUUCAAAGGUAGCCCCAUGUAGAGCACACUGCAGUAGUCUGAGGCUGUGUGAGCCCCCAGCAACAGCACUGGAUCCAGAAGCAACUCCUUCGGGGGGACCAUCCAGGUGGGCAACAUUUUAGCCCACAGCUCCCAGGACUGUUCCAGUCUCUAGUCUUUUGCCUCAAACCUGCUGCCCUCCAUAGUCCACCUUGAACUCUUCAGAUCGUGGGGGCAGAUCAGUGAAAUUCAAGCAGCCACCCGAUAAGCUCCAAACCCCUCAUUUGAAAGGAGUUGCUGACAUGUUGCCCAGCCAGUUAGGUGCCCACCGGAGGGUUCCCAAGUAGCAUGGCCUGGGGCAAAGGAGGCCAGCCUGAGAGUGCAGCCGAGUGCCCUAGCAGAGCCCCUGCUUCCAUGCCCUCCGCAUCUCGGCUUAAAAAUGGUUCGGGCAACAGCGCCUGGGAAGACUCUUCUCUGCCUGGGACCCAGGAGAGCUUCUGCCAGUCAGGCAUUGUAGGCUAGAGGUGGGCAAGCUGUGCCCCCCACCUAUGCCAGGCCCCAUAAUUCCUGACCAGGUGAGGAUCUCUGGAGGGGAAGCCGGGGUUCCGUGCUGCCUCCUUUCCCCACAUGGCUCCUCUUCUCUCUUGCAGCUGGGCACCGUGGCCCUGUACUUCACGUACUCUGUCCUGGAGGAGGAGAUGGAGCGGAACAAGGACCAGCCGGCCUUCACCCCUCUCUACUUCCCCCUGGAGCUGCACCGGAAGGAGGCCCUGAUGAAAGACCUGGAGUAUUUCUACGGGGAAGGCUGGCGGGAGAAGGUCCAGUGCUCAGAGGCCACCCAGCGCUACAUCGACCGCAUCCGGCAUGUGGGGCAGCACGAGCCGGAGCUGCUGGUGGCUCACGCCUACACCCGCUACAUGGGGGACCUGUCAGGGGGGCAGGUGCUGAAGAAGGUGGCCCAGCGGGCGCUGAAGCUGCCCAGCACCGGCGAGGGGGUCCAGUUCUACAUCUUCGACAACAUUUCCAACCCCCAGCAAUUCAAGCAGUUCUACAGAGCCCGGCUCAAUGCCCUCGACUUGGACAAGGGGACCAAGGAGAGGAUCGUCGAAGAGGCCAACAAGGCCUUCGAAUUCAACAUGCAGGUACGGAGCCGGGGUGGGGGCAGGAGAAGGCUGUUUCGGCUGCGGAGAAGACCUCACCUGGAGCUCAGGAGGAGGAAGCAGCUUCUGCUGACAGGAGGAGCUACAAACCCUGACCUGCUGCCUGCUGGGGUGGGGGGUGCUUGUGGGAAUCCCCCUGUCUUUAGCCAGCCUUUGCCCUCCCUAUAGUUCUCAGUCUGGCUUUGAGGCUGGCCCCUUGGUGCUCUCUCCCGGGCAGGGUGGUGCCUCCGGCCUCUGCUCUGGACCGGGUUGCGUGACACCUCCCUCCCCCUACCUUUUGCCCUCCUUGGCCCACAUCCUCAAGGGAGCAGUCAGCAGUGCUGGCUCCUGGGCUGUGUGCAAAGGUCACAAAUCUGUGGCAUCCGUUGCCAGGGUUGCGACUGAACCUGGCGCAGGAGGUUGAGUGUUGUUGUGAAACAAGUUUCUAGCCCCCCGUCGGCAGCAUGUGCGCACACACAGAGUGUCAGCAAGGCGUUGCCCAAAGGGGCAGACCCAGGGGCAAAAUGUGUCUUCCCGCUGAAGAGGUCCCACCAAGGGAUGAGCAGGCCUUGCGGAAAUCUCUGCACUGCCCAGGCAACUGCGGCCUGCGAGGCUGCCAAGGCCUUGGCUUGGUUGGUGCCAGGCCCUGGGCUGUUGGACCUCCUUUGACUGGAACCCCAGGCUUGGCGCAGGUGGCACUUCAGAGCCAGCCCUUGACCGGCAUGCGUCUCCGUCUCCAUCGUUCUGCCCGGACACGGAGGUCCAGCGCCGAGGGCCUUCUGGCGGUUCCCUCCCUGUGAGAAGCCAAGUUACAGGGAACCAGGCAGAGGGCCUUCUCGGUAGUGGCACCCGCCCUGUGGAACGCCUUCCCACCAGAUGUCAAAGAGAAAAACAACUACCAGACUUUUAGAAGGCAUCUGAAGGCAGCACUGUUUAGGGAAGCUUCUAAUGUUUAAUAGGUUAUUGUAUUUUAGUGUUCUGUUGGAAGCCGCCCAGAGUGGCUGGGGAAACUCAGCCAGAUGGGCGGGUAUAAAUAAUAAAUUAUUAUUGCAGUGGUACCUCAGGUUAAGUACUUAAAUCAUUCUGGAGGUCCGUUCUUAACCUGAAACUGUUCUUAACCUGAGGUACCACUGUAGCUAAUGGGGCCUCCCGCUGCCGCCGUGUGAUUUCUGUUCUCAUCCUGAAGCAAAGUUCUUAACCUGAAGCACUAUUUCUGGGUUAGCGGAGUCUGUAACCUGGAGUGUAUGUAACCCGAGGUACCACUGUAGUAUUAUUAUUACUAUUACUAUUAUUAUUAUUAUUAUUAUUAUUACUCUCACCCGAAAUCCGGGCAGCGGGUAUAAAUGAUUAAUAAUAAUAAUAAUAAUUAAUAAUAUUAAUUAUUAUUAUUAUUAUUAUUAUUAUUAUUGUGCACCAGGACUCCGGGGGGUGGUUGCUCUGGCUCAUGGCUUCUCCUUGCCCUUUCUCUGCAGGUGUUUGAGGAACUGGACAAGAUCGGGGCUUUGUUAGCGGAAGAAACCCAAGAGGGAGGCCUCCCCGUGCACGAUGGGAAAGGAGACCUGCGCAAGUGCCCCUACUACGCCGCCAAGCUAGGUGGGUCUCCUUCUUACACCUCCCCCUCCCUCUUUGGGUGCCUGGCCUGCGCCCCUGCCGGUCUCUGAUUCCACCCUUCUCUCCCCCCUCCCUCUCCCCAGGCGCUGCCGAAGUCUCCAGCUGCCCCUGCCACGUGGCCUUGGCUCUGCUGAAAUUGCCCACCGUCCAGCUGGUCCUGGCGGCCUGCGUUGCUGUCGCCGCAGGAGUUGUGGCCUGGUACGUGAUGUGA